AGUUUCCCUGUUCAGCCACACCAUUCCCACUAUGGCGCGAGCACUCCAAGCCCUUAUUCCCAAUCAUCCGGUCACCGGAAUCCCAUAUUUCCGGCAUAUGAUUCAGAUUUCCUCACCAAACUUCCCCCCUUUCCCCCGUCGCAAGGCCAAUGUAGCGCCUCUUCUCUGGGAGCUCCGUUCACUUCACAGAAUCCGCAGUGUUAGAGCAAGUGCGAAGUCCCUUGAGGGAAAUGAAGAAGGAGAAGGAGAAAAGCGACUUCCAGAAGUUGCAAGUCCAAAUUGGACCAAAUCAUUAACUAAGAUUGCUUCUGAUAAUUUUCUACCUUUAGCUCUUAUAUGUGGAGUAUUAUUGGGACUUGCAAAUCCUGGUCCCGGUUGUCUUGCUGAUAAGCUUUAUGUAUCAAAAAUUAGUACUUUCGGGAUAUUUGUAAUUUCAGGACUGACGUUGCGCAGUGAUGAAAUUGGCGCCGCUACUGAUGCAUGGCCAGUUGGACUGUUUGGGCUGGCUUCAAUUUUAUUUUUGACUCCCUUCUUCUCGAAGAUCAUAUUGAUGCUCAAUCUCCAGCCACAGGAAUUUGUUACAGGACUUGCUAUAUUUAGCUGUAUGCCUACAACUUUAUCUAGUGGAGUGGCUUUGACACGGCUAGCUGGAGGGAACUCUGCUCUUGCACUUGCAAUGACCUUGGUAUCAAAUUUAUUGGGAAUUCUAAUUAUACCUUAUACUAUCUCAAAAUUCAUAGCUGCUGGAGUUGGGGUAGCUAUUCCAACUGAACAGUUGUUAAGAAGCCUUGUUCUCAUGCUUUUAGUUCCUCUAAUCUUGGGAAAGGUUGCUCGAGAACUCUCAAAAGGUAUAGCAGACUUUGCAGAUGGAAACCGUAAGCUUUUGGCAGUGAUCAGCGCAAUUUUCCUUAGUUCUGCCCCUUGGGUUCAAGUCAGCAGAUCGAGGUCCCUUCUUUUGAUGGUGAAGCCUGAAGUUUUCCUCGUAGCUGUUGUCCUGGGAGUGAUUCUUCACCUCACCUUAUUUUCUUUUAAUGCUUUGUUAAUCCCGAGUCUUUCGCUUAUAACUGGAGGUAGUAAGUCGCCUUUCGCCAAGAAAGAAAAUACCAGUGCUCUUCUAUUAGUAGCCAGCCAGAAAACCUUGCCGGUGAUGGUAGCAGUUGUUGAGCAGCUUGGUGGUGCCUUAGGUGCAUCUGGCUUACUAGUCCUUCCAUGUGUGGCAGCCCACCUUAACCAGAUUAUCAUCGACUCCUUUAUAGUGAGCCUCUGGAAACAAAAGGAGGGCUCAUUUGAUAAUGCCAAGAUAGCAUAGACUCUGACAUAUGUUUAUGAGAAGCAUAAGUGAAAUGGAAAUUCAUGUAAAAAACACCAGUAGGGGGCCAAACAUUCAACUGUCCGUUAGCAGCAUCGUCUGCAGACAUCACAUUCGUAAUCGCUUCCUGAUCCUCUGAAAAUUGAUACAUGUCUAGGUUGAUUUAGAUAUUACUGUAAUGUGGUAACUGGUGACAAAAUGGUACUGGGAAUGCUUCAACUUUUGAGGAAAAUUGAAGGAUAUUUCACUUUAAAUGUGGAUCAGAGAAGUCUCAGUUAAAGAAGAACUACCUUGUUGUAUUUUC